GUCUAUAUAUAUUUGCCUGUGUGCGUGCUUAAUGUGUGUAAGCGUGAAUUUGGUCGUCGUAACGCACAAAAUCUCCCUCCCCGUCGAACUUCUUAUGUUUUUGCGCUUUUUAUAUAUAUGCAUGGGCAUGUAAAAGUAUAAUUAAAUAUAAUAUGUUUUGUUAAAUGUCUUUCUAGGGCGUUAACAGUGAAAAAGCGAUAGUGUGUGUUAGUGAGUGUUUCUUGAAAAAUUAAAGCAGAGAGCCUUUAAACUUCAAAAAAAUAACAAGAUAAAAAAAAAUUUCGAUUAAAUUCGAAAAAUAAUUUAAUUCCAAUAUACUUGAUACUAAGCGCAGUAAGAGGCGUAUGAUAAACGUUAAAAUGGAUAAUUUGGCAAACAUAAUAAAAUGGUUAACGCCGUUAGCUAUGCUGAUGGCUUAUUCUCCAUUUACGCUGGCCGCAAAUCCUCCUGAUGCCGAUCAAAAAGGACCCGUCUUUCUUAAGGAGCCCACCAAUCGCAUUGAUUUCUCAAAUUCGACGGGUGCCGAAAUUGAAUGCAAAGCUAGCGGAAACCCUAUGCCUGAAAUUAUUUGGAUUCGUAGCGAUGGUACUGCCGUUGGUGAUGUUCCCGGCUUGCGUCAAAUUUCCUCUGAUGGAAAAUUAGUUUUUCCACCAUUCAGAGCUGAAGAUUAUCGUCAAGAAGUUCAUGCUCAAGUCUAUGCUUGUUUGGCCCGGAAUCAAUUUGGCACAAUUAUCUCAAGAGAUGUUCAUGUUAGAGCCGUUGUCCCUCAAGCCUAUACGGUGAAUGUUAUGGAUGAAGCUGUUUUGAAGGGUAAUAGUGCUAUUCUGAAAUGUCAUAUACCUAGUUUUGUGGGCGAUUUCAUUGCUGUUGCUAGCUGGGUUGAAGACGAAGAACGCGAAAUAUACCCUAUGUCUCAGAACGAAAUACGAACUGAUGGCAAAUAUUUAGUCCUACCUUCUGGUGAACUACACAUACGUGAAGUAGGUCCUGAAGAUGGUUACAAAAGUUAUCAAUGCCGUACCAAGCACCGUUUAACUGGUGAAACUCGCUUAAGUGCUACCAAAGGUCGUCUAGUUAUUACAGAGCCCAUGGGCACUGUUAGCCCUAAAGUUACUGUAGGAGAAGAUUUCAAACAUAUCAAAACUUUAAUGAACAAAGGCUUAAGUUUGCUAUGCCCAGCUCAAGCUUAUCCUAAACCUAUGUACAGAUGGUAUAAAUUCAUUGAUGGCACCACUCGUAAACAGGCUGUGGUUCUAAAUGAUCGCGUUAAACAAGUUUCAGGCACUUUGAUCAUUAAAGAUGCUGUCGUUGAAGAUUCUGGAAAAUAUCUUUGCGUUGUGAAUAAUUCAGUAGGCGGUGAGAGUGUGGAAACCGUUUUAACUGUUACCGCACCUUUGUCCGCGAAAAUUGAUCCACCUACUCAGACUGUAGAUUUUGGACGGCCGGCCGUUUUCACAUGUCAAUACAGCGGUAACCCCAUUAAGACAAUCAGUUGGCUAAAAGAUGGUAAAGCAAUUGAUCACAAUGAUCCUGUUCUGCGCAUUGAAUCGGUUAAGAAGGAAGACAAGGGCAUGUAUCAGUGUUUUGUACGUAACGAUCAGGAAUCGGCUGAAGCUAGUGCUGAAUUGAAAUUGGGCGGCCGCUUUGAUCCUCCUGUUAUACGCCAAACAUUCCCCGAAGAGACUAUGGAACCCGGACCAAGCGUAUUCUUAAGAUGCGUCGCUGGAGGUAAUCCUACUCCUGAAAUAUCUUGGGAAUUAGAUGGUAAAAAAAUUGCCAACAAUGAACGAUAUCAGGUCGGACAGUAUGUGACAGUAAACGGUGAUGUUGUGUCAUUCCUAAAUAUUACUUCGGUGCAUGCUAACGAUGGUGGCCUCUAUAAAUGUAUAGCGAAGAGUAAAGUAGGUGUUGCUGAACACUCGGCCAAAUUAAAUGUUUACGGUCUACCUUACAUUCGGCAAAUGGAAAAGAAAGCUAUUGUAGCUGGAGAAACGCUUUACGUGACUUGUCCUGUAGCUGGUUACCCAAUUGAUUCGAUAGUUUGGGAAAGAGACAACCGUGCUUUACCCAUUAAUCGCAAACAAAAAGUCUUUCCUAAUGGCACCUUGAUUAUUGAAAAUGUGGAACGCAACUCAGACCAGGCAACAUAUACCUGUGUGGCGAAAAACGCUGAAGGCUAUUCGGCACGUGGAUCCUUAGAAGUUCAAGUUAUGGUGCCUCCACAAGUCUUACCUUUUAGCUUUGGCGAAGAUACAGCUGAUAUGGGUGAGAUAGCUAGUGUCAAUUGUGUAGUACCUAAGGGCGAUUUGCCAUUAGAGAUACGUUGGUCCUUAAAUUUGUCUCCUGUAAUCAGUGGAGAAAAUAAUUUCAAUGUCGUACGUUUAAAUAAACGUACAAGUUCUUUAAAUAUUGAGUCAUUGAUGGCCGUGCAUCGUGGCAUUUACAAGUGUAUAGCCUCCAAUAAAGCUGGUUCUAGCGAAUAUACAGCCGAAUUACAAGUGAACGUACCACCAAGAUGGAUUUUGGAACCCACCGAUAAAGCUUUCGCUCAAGGAUCAGACGCUAAAGUUGAAUGCAAGGCUGAUGGUUUCCCAAAACCUCAAGUGACAUGGAAGAAAGCAGUAGGUGAUAGUCCCGGUGAAUAUAAGGAUUUAAAAAAGAACGAUAAUAUACGGGUCGAAGAAGGCACUCUACAUAUUGAUAAUAUACAAAAAACGAAUGAAGGUUAUUAUUUGUGCGAAGCUAUUAAUGGUAUUGGUUCCGGUUUAUCGGCUGUUAUUAUGAUUAGCGUUCAGGCACCACCAGAAUUUACCGAAAAGUUACGCAACCAAACCGCCCGACGAGGUGAACCAGCUGUUUUACAGUGUGAAGCAAAAGGUGAAAAGCCUAUCGGCAUUCUAUGGAACAUGAAUAAUAUGCGUUUGGAUCCUAAGAACGAUAAUCGCUACACAAUACGUGAGGAAAUUCUCUCAACCGGUGUCAUGUCCAGUCUGUCCAUUAAACGCACCGAACGUUCGGACUCGGCUUUGUUUACUUGUGUUGCCACUAAUGCCUUCGGUUCUGAUGAUGCUAGUAUAAAUAUGAUUAUUCAGGAAGUACCAGAAAUGCCAUAUGCACUUAAGGUUUUGGAUAAAUCAGGUCGCUCGGUUCAGCUGAGUUGGGCUCAACCCUACGAUGGUAAUUCUCCUUUGACUCGUUACAUUAUUGAGUUUAAACGUUCACGGGCUUCUUGGGAUGAAAUUGAUCGAGUUAUGGUACCAGGUCAUACCACCGAAGCUCAAGUACAAAAACUUAGUCCUGCCACCACUUACAAUAUACGCAUUGUUGCUGAGAACGCCAUCGGUACCUCACAAUCUUCCGAAGCUGUCACAAUAAUUACUGCCGAAGAAUCUCCCUCCGGAAAACCACAAAACAUUAAAGUUGAACCUGUGAACCAAACGACAUUGCGAGUAACAUGGAAACCACCAGCACGCUCAGAAUGGAAUGGCGAAAUUCUCGGUUACUACGUGGGUUACAAGUUAUCGAACACUAACUCUUCCUAUAUCAUUGAGACCGUUAACUUCUUGACGGAGGAAGGCAAAGAACAUAGUUUGGAACUGAACAAUUUACGCGUUUAUACACAGUACUCAGUGGUUAUACAAGCCUUUAAUAAGAUCGGUGCUGGACCAUUAAGUGACGAAGAGAAACAAUUUACUGCCGAAGGCACUCCUAGCCAACCACCUAGCGACACCGCCUGCACCACUUUAACCUCACAGACUAUACGUGUAAGUUGGGUUAGUCCUCCCCUGGAAUCGGCUAAUGGAGUUAUCAAGACCUACAAAGUUGUGUACGCUUCCAGUGAGGAAUGGUAUGAUGAAACUAGACGCCACUAUAAGAAGACCGCCUCCUCUGACACUGUUUUGCACGGCUUGAAAAAGUAUACCAAUUACACUAUGCAAGUUUUGGCCACGACCGCUGGCGGAGAUGGUGUACGCAGCGCUCCUAUCCACUGCCAAACUGAACCAGAUGUACCUGAAGCUCCCACCGAUGUUAAGGCCCUUGUUAUGGGUCAAUCAGCUAUUUUAGUUUCAUGGCGUCCACCAGCUCAGCCCAAUGGCAUUAUUCAACAAUAUACCGUUUAUACUAAAGUUGAAGGUGCCGAAGGCGAACCCAAGAGUCAAAAAAUCCCACACUAUCAAAUGAGUUACGAAGCUACCGAUUUAGAAAAGAACAAACCUUAUGAAUUUUGGGUAACUGCCAGCACUAAUAUCGGUGAAGGCCAACCCUCAAAAAGCAUAAUUGCCAUGCCCAGUGAUCAAGUACCCGCUAAGAUUGCCUCAUUUGAUGAUACCUUCACAGCCACAUUCAAGGAAGAUGCUAAAAUGCCUUGUUUAGCUGUUGGUGCUCCCCAACCUGACAUUACAUGGAAAAUUAAAGGAAUCGAGUUCACUGGCAAUGAUCGCAUGCGCAUUUUGCCCGAUGGUUCUUUGCUAAUUAAAUCGGUUAAUCGCCAGGAUGCCGGGGACUACACAUGCCACGCUGAAAAUUCAAUUGCUAAGGAUUCUAUUACACAUAAAUUGAUUGUUUUGGCUCCACCUCAAUCACCACAGGUCACUCUGUCCGCUACCACAACUGAUUCAUUAACAGUGAAAUUGAAACCUUAUGAAGGCGAUACCGCACCACUGCACGGUUACACAAUUCAUUAUAAGCCAGAGUUUGGCGAGUGGGAAACUUCAGAAGUCUCGGUUGAUGCUCAAAAAUAUACGAUUGAAAACUUAUUGUGCGGUUCACGUUAUCAAGUUUACGCCACAGGAUUCAAUAAUAUUGGUGCUGGUGAGGCUUCGGAUAUCUUGAAUACACGUACUAAAGGCUAUAAACCAAAAUUGCCAGAAAAAGCACGUUUCAUUGAGGUUUCCUCGAACUCGGUAUCGUUGCAUUUCAAAGCUUGGAAAGAUGGCGGUUGCCCCAUGUCUCACUUUGUCGUAGAGAAUAAGAAACGCGAUCAAAUUGAAUGGAAUCAAAUUUCAAAUAAUGUUAAGCCAGAUAAUAAUUACGUUGUCCUAGAUUUGGAACCAGCCACUUGGUACAAUUUAAGAAUUACAGCCCAUAAUUCUGCAGGUUUCACUGUAGCUGAAUAUGAUUUCGCAACUUUGACUGUAACUGGAGGCACAAUCGCUCCUCUGGAUGAUGGUCGCGGUUCUGGAAAUUUGCAUACCCGCAUACGAUUGCCCGCCUGGAUGCCCGAAUGGUUAGAUCUAAACUUUAUGGUACCACUUAUCGCCACCGUUAUAGUGGUUGCGGUGGGUAUUUUGGUCGUUUGCGUGGCUUUGUCAAGACGCCGUGCCGAUGAUUUGCGUGGCGGACAAAAGGAUGUCUAUUACGAUGUAGUUUACAAUCAGACAAUGGGACCUGGUGCCACCCUGGAUAAACGCCGCCCCGACUUACGUGACGAAUUGGGUUACAUUGCUCCACCCAAUCGUAAGCUGCCUCCUGUGCCCGGCUCGAAUUACAAUACCUGCGAUCGGAUCAAGCGAGGUACAGUUAUAACUCGUUCUGGUAUGCGUACUAGUCACUCAACUUGGGAUCCACGUCGUCCCAAUCUGUACGAAGAACUAAAACCACCACCAGUACCAGCUCACAAUAAUAUUUAUGGUCACAGUCAUAACAUAGCCGAAUGUAACUAUAGACAUCCAGGUAUGGAAGAUGAGAUUUGUCCUUACGCCACUUUCCAUUUGUUGGGCUUCCGCGAGGAAAUGGAUCCUACCAAGGCUAUGAAUUUCCAGACAUUCCCUCAUCAAAACGGUCAUGCUCCACCCGGUCAUGCUGGCACUAUGGGACCACCCGGUCAUCCCGGACACAUGCAUUCACGUUCUGGUUCUCAAUCUAUGCCACGUGCUAAUCGCUAUGCUCGCAAAAAUAGUCAAGGAGGCCAAUCGUCAAUUUAUACACCGGCACCAGAAUACGAUGAUCCUGCUAACUGUGCUGAAGAAGAUCAAUAUCGCCGUUACACUCGUGUUAACUCGCAAGGAGGCAGUUUGUAUUCUGGUCCCGGCCCUGAGUAUGACGAUCCAGCUAAUUGCGCUCCCGAAGAAGAUCAAUAUGGUUCGCAGUACGGUGGCCCCUAUGGCACUCCUUACGAUCACUAUGGCUCACGUGGUUCCAUGGGUAGACGCAGUGUCGGUUCUGCACGCAAUCCAGGCAACAGCUCCCCCGAGCCACCACCACCUCCUCCACGUAAUCAUGACAUGAGCAACUCCUCAUUUAAUGAUUCCAAGGAAAGUAAUGAGAUCUCAGAAGCUGAAUGUGAUCGCGAUCAUGGACCGCGUGGCAAUUAUGGCGAAGAUUCUAGAGAUGCUGUUAAAAGAUCCCCCCAUCAAAAGGAUCAACGUACUACUGAAGAAAUGCGUAAAUUAAUUGAAAGUCGCCGACACUUAAACGAAGCCGGUCCCAAACAACUCCAACAACAAAGUGGCGCAGGAUUCACAGCCUACGAUACUAUGGCAGUGUAAUUUGUAAAAUGUUAAACAUCCGAAUAACAAUACAAAACAACUUAAAUAAGGCGAACUCUAGCGACUACUCUGACUUACCAUCCAGUCAGUCAGUCAAUCAUUCAUAUAUUCAUUUUUUACUUAUUUAAAACAAAAAAAAAAACAAAGCCAAGUUUUGUAUUGUGAGCGCAAAAGAGUGUGAUUCAGUUUCUUUUUUUUUUUUAAUUUUUUUUUCCAUUAUUAGCGGAAAGGGAAUGAACUAAAAAGAAUGUAAUAGACUGGUUGCUAAGCCACAGAAAGCAAAUAGAACACAACUUUCAAGCAUUCUUUUUUAAUUAUUAAUAUUGUGCGAAAGCCAUAACAAAAUUAAUAAUAACAAAAAAAAAAAAAAAA